AGAGAACGCCCAGCCGUCAGUACCAGGAUGUAAGACGUGAAGAAGAAUCGCUGUUUGGCUUACAUUUGCUAAACAGACUUCGCCGUGUUCACACUUUGCUUAAAAAGCUUUCAAGCAGCAGGAACGAACUUCUGUAAGCCUCAAGUGAGCGCCUUGUGGUGAAGAAUGGCGGAGGGAGGAUUUGACCCCUGUGAGUGCAUAUGCAGCCAUGAGUACGCGAUGAGGCGCCUUAUCAACUUGCUCAGACAGUCCCAGUCCUACUGCACAGACACAGAGUGCCUUCAGGAAUUGCCAGGUCCCAGUGGGCCAGAUGGGGGCGGUGGAGACCUGACAUUCUCCAUGGUUCUGAUGGGAUGGGUUGUACUGGCUCUGCUACUCUUCCUGCUUCGCCCAUCCAGUCUCAGGGGUUCCCAUUCCAUAGACAAGACCGCUGGACCCCAUGAUAGGGAGAGAAGAGAGCCACCAUCACCACCACCUGUUGACUAGCAGUGAAGCCAAAGCACCAGCACUCAGCCACCUGCUCUGACUGUAGCAACAGUUGGUUACUGUGACAGGACAGCGCCACCUUCCUGUCAGCCUUUGCUCAAAAAUCUUUUUUGUUUGUUUUUUAACUGUUUUAAGACCCAUGAUUUGACCAGUGUAUGUGAUUUUUACAACAGCAUGACUGCUACUCAAUGUUUGAGGCUAAAAAUGAAAAUAUUCACCAACAUAAUCAUUUGGUGAGAUCUUUUUUUUUUUUUUUUUUUUUUUAGAUUUUUACUGAGACACCAUGAUUUAUACUUGAACCAUAAAAUUAGUUAUCAAAUACAACAAUGGUAGUAAAUGUAGACUAACAUAGCAUUUUGUGUAUAAAUUAAAGGAUUAUAAUCAGAGAGAUUAUUUGAAUUUGAGAGAGAUAAAGACUUUGCUAGUAGUAAUGCAGAAAAAUCUCAGAUUAGCUUUUGUCUUCGUCAGGUUUUUCAUGUAUACACCCCCCACCAGUCCUGUCAUUCAAAGUCCUUUCCUGAUGUCAACUGUAGUGCACACUCUUGUGGUGGCAUAAUUUACAGUGAAGGACGGACUUUAAAAAUGUUUUGCUGCUCAUCGUGUUAUGAAGUGUGCCAGAAUUUUCAGAAAUAUUCCUUUUUUUUUUCUUUUUUUAUAUCAGGGCCAGUCACACGGCUUUUUAAUUUGAUAUUGUAUGUAGUCUUAAAUCAUAUUCCAUCUCCUGUACGUUGCCAGGGAGCAAAUAUUAUGUCUGUUACAUUUACAAGAAUGUCUGUGUCACUUUACUUUAAAUUGGUUUGAUUACAGUUAGGUCCAAGUAUUUGGAUAGUGACAACUUUUUGUAAUUUUGUGCCUGUACAAUGAAACUGAAGUGAAAUGAUCAAGGGAUUGAAUAAACAAA